AUGAACGGAGGCAGCGGCGGUCCCUCCCCAUUGCUGCUGCAAGCACUCUCUGCGAGCCCGCACGAGUUUUUGCAGCCAGGGGCAAAUCUACACAAUGCUGCGCUCGUCAUGGCAAAGCAGUACCUUGACCCGCUAGCGGCAGUGUUCGCGGGGAAGGAGAAACAGAAUCAGAGUGGGAAGAAGCCGGAUGUAUUGGAGAAGAUUUAUCUGGAAGGCUUUGACGUGGACCAGGUGUGGGAGCAGGUUAAAAUUGUGGUGGAUGCUGUUGAGAGUGGGGUAGGUGAGAGAAAGGCCAUUGGUCCCGUUCAUGACGAAGCGGUUGUGAACGGAAAAAAGCGAAAAGCGGCGCACUUUGAUGAGGAGGAGGAAAACAGUGAGAGUUCGGCUGAGAGCGACGCCGAAGAUUCAUUAGAAUAUGAAGAAGUUCCCGAGGAAGAAUUGGACCAGGAAGUGCCCGACAGCGACAGCGAUAGUGACGAUGAAGAUGAGGGUGGUGUCCAAUUCCGCGACGAAUACGACCAAAUGGACGUUGGGUCCGGCACUGAAGAGACGGACGAGGGAGCGGAGGAAGAUGAAGAGGCUGAAGAAUACACAGAAGAUGUUCACGGCCUAAAUGAUGGUUUCUUCUCCAUUGACGACUUCAAUCGUCAAACAGAAUUACUAGAGCUCCAAGACAUGCGUGGAGGACCAGAAAACUCGGACGAUGAGGAAGAAGGCAUCGACUAUAACCAAGACCCAGCCACUCUCGGGGGUGACGAAGAAGAUGAAGAAGAUGCGCCCCUAAAGGAAAAAGUCUCUAAGGACGAUUACGAAGAAUCCGACGAUCUCGACGGUGACGAUCAAGAAAAUGCCAAUGAUCUAAUGUAUGAAGACUUUUUUGCCCCUCCUCCCCGUAAAGCUUCAAAUAGGAAUCACACGCCCCACGAGAAAAAGUCCUGGAAGCAAGCACCUGUUAAGAGAUCUGCGGGUGAUGAAGAUGAUGAUUUUACUGCCAUUGAGAACGACAUGGACCGUGUCCGCCGUGACCUCUUUGACGAUGAAGAGGAGGAUGGUUCUGAUGUUGAUAUGGCCGCUGACCCUUCUGACCCUCUCUCACGUCGGUCUUCCCAUGAGAAACGCCAGGCUACUCUCAUUGAACAGAUUCGCGCCCUCGAAGCAGCAAACGUUGCGAAACGUGAAUGGACACUUUCCGGUGAAGCCCGUGCUAAUAACCGGCCCCUCAAUUCCCUCCUUGAGGAAGAUCUUGAGUUCGAGCGAUCCGGGAAGCCAGUACCAGUAAUUACUCAGGAAGUGACGGAAGGCCUCGAAGACAUGAUCAAGCGUCGGAUUCUUGCAUCCGACUUCGACGAAGUGAUUCGUCGUCGCCCGGAUGAUGUUUCUGGGAAGGUCCGCAGAGGCCGUAUCGAGCUUGAUGAUUCCAAGGCGACAGAGGGACUUGCGGAAAUAUAUGAGAAGGAGCAUCUCAGGGCCAUCGACCCGGAAAAUAACCCAACAGCCAAAGAUGAGAAGCUAUCGAAGGAACACGCUGAAAUCGAGGAACUAUUCGCGGACGUGAACAGAAAACUGGAUUCCCUGACAAGUUGGCACUACACCCCCAAGCCGCCGAAGGCCUCGCUAUCAAUUGUCGCAGAUGUCGCUGCUAUUUCAAUGGAAGAAGCGCAACCUACAGCUGCGGCCGGGGGCAUGCUGGCCGCGAAUAUAUCUAUGCUUGCGCCCCAGGAGGUUUAUGCGCCUCACAAGGGCAAAGCUAUUCUUUCGGUUGGCGGAGGUUCUGGACGCGAAAUCGUUACCAAGGGUGGUGCAGCUAUUUCGACAAGAGAGAUGACUCGGGACGAUAAGCAACGAAGACGCCGCAGGGAGAAGGAGAAGAUCAGGAAGAAGAAUGCUAUAGAGGGCAACAAGGGUGGUGCCAAUGCAAAGGAAGGUAGUAAGAAGGAUGUUAUGGAUAGCCUCAGGAAGGGCGGUGUUAAGGUGAUCGGGAAGCAAGGCGAGCAAAGAAAUAUUGACGGGGGACUUGCGAAGGAAAAAGCGAGAGGGAAUGGAAGCAGUGGGUUGAAGUUGUAA